GUUUAUUACGCAAAUCUAUUUUGUUCGCGCCCGAAGAUUAACUCAAACUCGAUCAUCACCUCUUCGUGUUCCUACCACAUCUCAUAAAAUUUACAACUGAAAAUAAAUUACGAUGAUUGAAGACAUCAAAUUUCAUUUUUUAGGGUUUUUUGUUAUUCUAAUUUUCCUCCUAAGUCCUAAUUCUAAUGGAGAAACAUCAAAUUGUUUAAUGGUAUACAAAGAAGGUGGUGCUCCUGCUGUUUUUAAAUCCCCAAAUUGUCCUCGUUGGACUCUAUCGAAAGAUGAAGCUUUUCGCUUACGUACUGAGAAUUGUCAGUCUGCUAUCCUUCAAGGAAGAAGAAAGCAUCAAGAGGAUCGUACCUUUUGUGCACUCGAUAUGCGGAUUCCAUUUCCUGAUAGGAUUGGAAUUAAAGAGGUUAUGGUUGGAAUGAUAGCAGUUUUUGAUGGUCAUGGUGGCGCUGCGGCUAGUGAGAUGGCAUCUGAAUUACUCUUGGAGUACUUUAUUCUGCAUGUGUAUUUUCUUCUGGAUGGUAUUUACUCUGCAGUAUUGAAGAAAUCAACUGGAAAGUUGCGGUAUACGGGAGAACUGGACCUUGUUUCUCAAGUACUUGAUCGUGAUAGAUCUAACCAUUUUGACUUGGACGUUCAGAGGUCUAAGUGGAUGUUUUCUGAGAUUUUUGAUGGAUCAGUUCACAUGGAAAUUCUGAAGGAAUCACUGUUGAGGGCAAUCCGUGACAUCGAUGCAACAUUUUCUAAGGAAGCAUUUAGGAACAAUCUGGAUUCGGGAUCUACUGCUACGGUUGUUCUCAUAGCUGAUGGUCAAAUAUUGGUUGCCAAUAUUGGAGACUCAAAGGCUCUUCUUUGUUCAGAAAAAUUUCAGUCUGCCAAGGAAAUUAAAGCCACUUUAUUAAAGCUGUAUAGGAGGAGAAGGCGUAAUGGUUCUAUAUCUCCUAUAAGAAAGGAUGGGAACAAUAAACAGAUCAGUUAUGACGGGAUGAAGCAUUUGGCUGUGAAAGAGCUGACAACAGACCAUCAUCCUGAUAGGGAUGAUGAAAGGUCCAGGGUUGAAGCUGCUGGUGGUUACGUUGUCGAGUGGAACGGUGUUUAUCGAGUCAAUGGUGAGCUAGCAGUGUCACGAGCUAUUGGUGACGUGUCCUUCAAAAGUUAUGGUGUAAUAUCUGCACCUGAGGUGACAGAUUGGCAACCUUUAACGAUCAACGAUAGCUACCUUGUAGCUGCAUCUGAUGGUGUGUUUGAAAAGAUGACCACUCAGGAUGUUUGUGACCUAUUGUCUGGGGUACAUAUGCAGGGCAGUGAAAAUCCUGAGAUAAUCUCAUCCUGCAUGUACUCAUGGGCCGACUGCAUAGUGAAUACUGCUUUUGAGGAAGGAAGUAUGGAUAACCUUGCAGCCGUUGUGGUUCCUUUGAGGUCAGCUAGCUUUUUGAGGACCAUGGUAAAGGAAGGAUCUGAUGGAGAGCGAAGGGUUUAUUCCUCAGGUUAUGCGCGACAGAAGCUUACCUCUACCAGUUCAGCUAACCAUAUCAAUUCUGCUCUUGUACCGAUGGAGUAUGGUCAGCGGGUUAUGACCACUUUUAAUAGGUUACUGGUUGAGGGAACACAUGAGGAAAAGUUUGGCUGCUUCUACUUAUCUGAGAAUCUGAAUCAAAACGUGGAUGAAGUGAAUGACCAGUCUCAGGCUUUACCUGAAGCAUUUGCCCAAUUCAAUAGUGGCCCUUUAAAAUUGUAUGCGGACCAAAAUCUAUGCUUGAACUUCGGGUUGGAGGUAGAGGAGAAAGGUCAAUGCAUAAAUCCUGAAAGUUUUACAAGAUUUCUUGGUAUACUAGAAUCAAUUCCUUUUGCCAAUGUUGAUUCAAAUUUUUCCGAGUCAGCUGGAUAUGAAACACCCAAUUCGAAGUAUGUACUUAGAAGAAGGUUUGGGCGUGGAUCAUAUGGCGAUGUUUGGUUGGCUUUUCAUUGGAAUUGUUCUCAAGCUGGCGAUACUCUGAGUUGGGUUCACACAAAAGAGAAUCGUUCAAUUAAUAAUUCUUGUCUUGAAUCAAAUGAGCAUAACAUGUGUUCAGAAACCAGUUCGUCUAGUCAUCAUUGUGAUAGCAGUCCCGAUGACAGUAAAUUGUUCAUUCUGAAACGCAUUAUGGUUGAGAAAGGGCACAAUGUAUUUUUAAGUGGUCUGCGGGAAAGGCAUUUUGGGGAAGUUUUCUUGAAUUCUUCCAUGACCCUUGGAGGUCAAGUUGUAUCCGGAUCAUUAAGUUCAUUCUCUGGAAACCCUCAAUGUGAAUCUUGUGGUCUCAUGGACGAGAAUGAGGCGAUUCUACGUGCGAUAGGAUACACAAAGAAUGCUGAAAACAUAUGUCCAAGAAAUAUCAGGGUGCAUAAAAUUGACUCAACUGAGGAUGAAGAAGGUUUGAAGCAUAUUGCCAGAUACAUAGAGUCUUUUGAGUCUCGCUUGCAAGAAAUUUGGCUUGUUUUCCGAAAUGAAGGCAUAUCCUUGUCAAAGCUGAUGUACACAGUGGAGGAAAAUGGAACCCAUACUAAUCAAGAAGGAGGUGAACGAGUGAAAAACAUUCAACUACUGCAUCCAUCUACAUGGUGGCGCUGGUUAAGAUCAACAGAAGCAGGGCAAGAGGAAAUGCGCAACCUUAUUUGGCAGUUGCUGAUGGCGCUUAAGUCUUGUCAUGAUCGGAAUAUCACCCACAGGGAUAUUAAACCUGAGAACAUGGUGAUAUGCUUGAGAGAUGAGGACACAGGAAGGUGCUUAAACAGAACCCCGACUGGAGAUAGGCACCAUCAUUUGCAAAUGCGAGUUAUUGACUUUGGUAGUGCAAUUGAUGAGUACACUAUCAAACAUCUGUAUGGGUCAAAUGGACCAUCGAGAUUUGAACAGACACAUGAGUACACUUCCCCUGAGGCACUUCUAAAUGUCAGAUGGUAUCAGAAGCCAACAAGCAUAACGAUGAAGUACGAUAUGUGGAGUGUUGGUGUUGUGAUGUUAGAGCUGAUAUUAGGGUCGCCACAUGUUUUUCAGAUACAUGCGCGAACCCAGGCUCUUUUAGAUCCGCAUCUUGAGGGAUGGAAUGAAGAUUUGAAAGAGCUGGCGUACAAAUUGAGAUCGUUCAUGGAAAUGUGUAUCUUGAUUCCUGGGACUUCCCCAAGACGGCAUCGCACGGGGGAUGCCAAGUAUCAAAACGGCUGGCCAGCUUCUUGGAAAUGCUCCGAAGAAUAUUUUAUGAACCAAGUGAAGAGUAGAGAUCCGCUAAAACUAGGGUUCCCUAAUGUUUGGGCUAUGCGGUUGGUUCGCCAGUUGUUAAUCUGGGAUCCGGAAGAUCGCUUGAGUGUUGAUGAUGCAUUGAAGCAUCCUUAUUUCCAACCUUCUCCACAACCACAACCAUAAACGAGUGAAUAUCAAAGAUAGCCCAAAAGUCAUUGUCGAGCAGGGUAACUUGCCUGGAAGAUCUCAUCCAAUACUGGCUAGGUUUGGAAAUAGUGCAAAUAGUAUUUUCCCUUGCAUUCUCCCUUGUCAAAUGUGGAAUUAAUUAUGAAGAUGGGAACUUGUCGAUUGGGAAACUGGUGACUGGUGUUGAUGGGCAAAGCUAGGAAUUUCGAAUAUUCUAGAAAGAGUUUAAUAGCUAACCAGUGGAAGUUGCCCAUGUCGUCAUAUGCGUUGAAUAUACCCAUCAUCACUGGAGGACUGCCCGAUCUUAUCUUUCUCCUGACAAAGAAAGUGACAAAGAAAGAGCUCUCACCAUUUUCCUUUAAAUGAUUAUUUGGGUUUGUAUUUAUUUGAACCUAACAAGGAAGGAUUCCUCACAUUUUCCUCCACUGCUAGAUCUAAAACUAAUAUUUUGGA